GCAGUAGUUUCUGUCUUUAUGUCGCAUCAUAUGACAAUUUCUUUUCUCACUUCACGCUAUUCAUGACACCGUUCCUUUGGUACACACACACACACACACACACACACAUGAGAAGGAAGCUUUUGGGAUCAAGUGGAAAGAGUCUAGUCAGUCAUAUGAACACUGGACUGGUUUAGUCACAGCAAUGAGAAACCUUAUUCUAACCUGGACAUUUCUGUUUAUCUUACAUCUGACCAAAGAGGACACUUCAGUGCAAAAGCUGAGUGCCCCAGAAAAGCAUUUUCUGGUCCUGAUGUGUUCUGACGCUUCACAUGUUGACUGGAGCCAUGGGCUGGAAAGGGUGAUCGCCUCCAGACGAGGAAAGCAGGUGUCUUACCUGGACCAAAGCAAACACCAGCUGCUUGAAGACGGCCACCUCUCCAUUAAAGACCUGCAGGAAUCAGACGCAGGAGAAUAUUACUGCAACCGUCAGCUAGUGGCAGAUAUCACUGUGCUCAAAGGCCAUAACUUCACAGUUCCUGAGGGCACAACUGUUUAUCUGCCAUGUAAGACAUCUGAUAAAAUGAAGCAGAGAUGGGCAUUCAAACGCACUCUUCAGUCCAGAAAAGAGUUCAUCUCCACGCUUUAUAAAAACAGCACCGUAAAGAAAGAGAGAGCUGAUCCAACAUUGAGAUUCACUCACACCAUAGACCACCUGACUAUCUCCAAUCUCCAGCUGCAGGACUCUGGGCUUUACCUGUGUAACAACAGAGAGAUGGCUUUCCUUACGGUGACCACAGAAUCGACUGAAAUUGAAAACAGCAGUCCAGAUAUAAAUAAAUAUUUGACAGUGGCCGUCCUGCUGGCUUUGUGCAUACUGGUGAUGGUUUGUGUUGGCCUUCUGUUUGUGACGAUCGACUGGAAAAGCAGAAGGAGAAGAAACAUUAGAAAAGAAACAGAGCCGGCAGACAUUGCAUCAGGUCUACAAUUACAAAGGAUGUCAAAUGAAGGCCCCUGGAUGUUGGACACUCAUGAGGAUGCAGGGGAAAUCCAGUACGCGUCUCUGGGUGAGCAGCACUGGAGACAGACAGACAGACAGCGGAUCAGCAGACAGCAUGUCAUCUACUCCACACUGACCACGUCAUGAAAACAACACACUCAUUUACACUGGAUACGUACAGUCAAUAUGAGUCCUGUUUACUGAUAUGUAAAUAUAAACCGGUUACACUUAAAAACACCUUAUAUAGAACUGAAAUCACUGUAAUUCUAUGCAAAGCUAACUUACAUGUAGUCAAACAAAUGAAAAAGAAAGAAUAUAGCAGGCAUAAUAUAGUAAUAUAGCACAUGUAAUAUACACUACCAUUCAAUAUAUAGACACAAAAAAGAUACUAUAAAUUGGUGACAGUAAAUACUUUUAUAAUGUUACAAAAGUUUUCUAUUUAAAUAAAUGCUGUUCUCUUGAAAUUUCGAUAUAAAUAAUUCUGAUACAAUAAAUUAUGAUCCUGAAAAUAAAUUGUUUUAAAAUAUAUUUGAAAAGAAAACAUUAUUUACUGUACUUAAACCAACUAAAUGUAGCCUUGGUGAACAAAAUAGAUUUCUUUCAAAUACAUUAAAAAUCAUUCCAACCCCAACUUUUGAAUGGUAG